AUGAAGUUCACACUCGCUUUCAUCACCAGCGUCGCCGCCCUCGCCCCCAUCCCCAUCGACGCAGACAGCCCCAUCCGCACCCCAACCCGCAUCGUCCUCCCCACCACGAUCCCCGAAGACCCCCACCCAACCUGCUGCACCCAGACCUACACCCUCAUGCCCCCUGCCCCACCGGCAAGCCCGGCACCGAGUGCGCCCAGCAUCGUCACCGAGACCGUUACUGGCUCCUGCGGCGGCUACGUGUGCCCCGUGCCCUGCGCGACUGUUACGGAGACGGUUACGGUGGAGGCGUGCGCGACGGCUGACGUGGCUUGA